AAUUAAACUCAUAUUUCAUUUCAACAUCAGUCAGUCUUUCAAUUCUGUCAGAGAAAUUAUUGAUUAAAAUAUUUUUUAAAGGUUAGAUGCGAUUAAAAGUAUCUAUGAAUUUUAAUUUAUAAAAAUUGAAAUUAAUAAUGAAGGUGAUAUACAAAAUUCUUUUAUUAACAAUAUUUGCUUUAACUGGCAGUGCUCAAACUCCGGUAAAUAAGGAUAUUUUAGUUCUUUUGGAUAAUUUAGCAAUCCGCGAAACACAUUCCAUCUUUUUCAAAUCACUGCAAGAUCGUGGAUAUAAAUUGACUUUUAAGCUAGCUGAUGAUGCUUCUUUAGUUUUAUCUAAGUAUGGGGAAUAUUUAUACCAAAACGUAAUUAUAUUUGCACCUUCUGUUGAAGAAUUCGGUGGUGAUUUGAGCGUUGAAAAAUUGACUCAAUAUGUUGAUGAUGGAGGAAAUGUUUUAGUUGCGGGCAGCACAAAUUCUGGCGAUGCUCUUCGAGAAUUUGCAUCUGAAUGUGGCUUUGAAGUUGAUGAAGAUGGUGCAUCUGUUAUUGAUCAUCUUAAUUAUGACAUUUCUGAUACUGGAGAUCAUACAACAAUUUUAGCAAGUUCAAAAAAUUUAAUUAAUUCUGAAAUUAUUGUUGGAAAACGUGAUGUAAAUCCUCUUCUAUACAAAGGAACAGGUCUACUAGCUGAUAAAGAAAAUCCCUUAGUUUUACAAUUGCUAACAGCAGAAAGUUCAGCAUACAGUUACAUUCCAGAAAAUCCUAUAAAAGAAUAUCCUCAUGCUGUUGGUAAAGGGACAUUAUUGAUUGCCGCUUUGCAAGCUCGUAAUAAUGCCAGAGUUGUUUUUUCCGGUUCAUUGCAUUUCUUUUCCGAUGAAGCAUUCACAUCAUCAGUUCAAAAUGCCCAAUCUUCAAAAGUUCAUCCAAAAUCAGGAAAUCAAGAUGUAGCAAUAUCUAUAAGUAAAUGGGUAUUUGGUGAAACUGGAAGAUUAAGAGUAGCAGCUGUUUCACAUCACAAAGAAGGUGAAACAAAACCACCACAAUCUUAUACAAUUACGGAUCCGGUUGUGUACUCGAUUUCAAUUGAACAAUUACUAGACGGCCAAUGGAAACCUUAUCAAGCAAAUGACAUUCAAUUAGAAUUCGUUCGCAUCGAUCCAUUUGUAAGAACAACUUUGAAAUCUGUUAGCAGUGGAAAAUAUGAAGCUAAGUUCAAGAUUCCUGAUGUUUACGGAGUAUAUCAGUUCAAGGUUGAUUAUGACCGAGUCGGUUUUACGCAUCUAUAUAGCACAACUCAGGUUUCUGUUCGCCCAUUGCAACAUACUGAAUAUGAACGUUUUAUACCGAGUGCUUAUCCGUAUUAUACAAGUGCAUUCUCUAUGAUGAUUGGAGUAUUCAUCUUUUCAUUUGUGUUUUUGCACUUUAAAGAAGAUGUUGCAACAAAAGUAAAGGAAGAAAAGAAAACAAAUUAAACAUCGCAAAAUUAUAUAAAAUUCUUAAUUUUUUAUAAGUUUUGUGCCUAUAAAGAUUUCAGGAAUAAACUGCAUGUAUGGGUACUACUAAUUUAAUUUCAUAAUGUGUGCAUAUUGAUAUUUAAUAUGCGAUUUCUAAAAAUUUAAUAAAACGCUUUUUAAAGUA